GUCAGCUAUUGAAUUAAACACACACCGUACGUGCUCAAUAUUUUAUUGUUUGCUUUAUAAAAAACUAUUGCACAGCUAUAAAGGCGCAAAAUUAUAGUUUAAUUGCCAGAAUAACUUACUUCACAAGACUAUUAAGUUAGAGAUAUCAAAGAAAAUUACAGAUUAAAAAUGAAUAAAUUAAUGAUUGUGUUGCUGAUUGUUGCAUUUGCUGAAAUUUCCAUCGCCCACAAAAGAUUCUGUCCUCAAAACAUGAUCUACGAAAGCUGUGGAACUGCGUGUCCUCUAACAUGUGAAUAUCCAGAACCCCGACCUUGCAUAAGAAUGUGUGUUCCUGGUUGUUUCUGUAAAGAUGGAUAUCUUCUUGAUGACAAUGGAAAAUGUGUGACUAAUUGCUAUGAAAUUCCGGCAGAAGAUUUGAUUUAAAUGUUUAAAAAUUUAUUGUAGAUUUAGAAAAAAUAUUGAG